AUGGAACCCGACGGCGCUGCCAGCUACCACCACCUCUUCCUCGUCAUGGCCACGCCUUCCAAUAUCCAUCCACUGCCUAAUUCAUCCUACCAGCAUCCCCAGCACGCCAACACGGGACCGCAUAAGCGCGACCACUGGUUCUUCUCCCGCCGCGGCGUCUGGGGAGUGAAUCUCUCGGAUGCCUGUUCCGGGCGGCUCGAAGAUCUCGACUGGCAAGACGAUGUACUACGCCCCGCCAGGUUCGUCAAGGUCACUCGUGUUAUUACCAUACGCGGGCACAGGAUAUUCCGUCGAGUUAAGAACAUGCAGUGCGUGCGUGGUGGUGUGCCGAUGCCUGUCCCGCGCCAUAAAGUGGCUCGUUGCAUUACGGACGCGAUGUUCGCGUUUCUCAACCAGGAUCACGACUUGAUCUUCGCGCUCGGCCCUGGGGUUAUCGAGAUGCAACACCUCUACUCCCUCGAGGUGCGUCGGUACAACAAUACUCUGGUCCCCGUCUUUAGCUACAGGCCGCCCAGCACUGGCCCCGCAGUUCCCGAGAUCAACGCUCAGAUCAACGACCCUUUCGUCGCGACCUUAGACAACUACGACGGUAGCUUCUAG